AUGCGUGGUAAUGUUUGCGCAGGCUACGUCGCACUCUUGUUAGCAUACCAGUUCGUGCUGGUUGCGGCGUUUUCGCUGCGUGCGCCUGUACGGAUCGCUCAAAGUCGGUCCUGUCUACCGCGCCUGCUCCGGGGUUGCGGCGGCGGAAGCCACACCUCUCCGCCAUUUUGGCGCAUCCGUUCCCGGAACAGCCAAAUAAAUGCCGCGGAGGCUGUAGAACGCAUAUUCUGCGCGGAUCCGGAGGCGAGCUCGAUAAGCACAGCCCCGCCUCUGAAUGUCGUUGAGGGGUUCUUUGCCAUAAAGCGCGAGACCAAAGGCCCUCAACUCAAGCAGUCGCUUGCCCGAGCGCAGAUAGAGUGGUCGGAGUGGGAGAUUCGCAGGUUCGGGUACAAGCUGGGCACGGCGAACCGGCAGCUGCGUAAGCUCGCUGAGAAGCACAAGGUCAUGCGAAACAGCUUCACGAGCUCCAAGGAAGAAUUGGACAAGCUCAGGCAAGCGAAACACGAAGUUUCUGUGAAGUUACGGAUCGCCUCGCGGCUGCGCAGAUUAUUUAUCACCUACAGAAACGGGCUGCUUACAAACGCGCAGCCCCGGGUGCCCUACGUGCCACUAAAGUAUCGCAACGAAAAUGUCCCAACCGACUUCUACUCACUCGGCACAAGGAAGAGUAACAAUGUAAAGAAGUCAAGAAAGUUGAAGCAGCAAAAGGAAGUGGAGAGAGAAAACCGUAUACGGCCGGGAAGCCAAACAACUGAAGAACUCACCGACCAUCAGGGGGUGGAGCUGUCCCCUUCGGUCGGAGGUCGCAAGGGUGUACAUAACGUGCGAUCCUACUCAAAUCGCAAAUCUGUACCGGGUGACCCCGAUAAAUCGCCUGCAUCAUCGGUAAGCCCACAUUGGGAAGCGGACGACGCCGUGCCGUCCCUGCAUAACCCCGGAGACGAGCCACUGGAUAGGUUUGGGAACACGGCAGACCCCGAGUCACACCCCGAUUCCGGCCUUUUGACACACAAAGCGGGCCAAAGGUCGAGUCUAGGAGAUUCCCGGCGUCAACAGGGAAAAUCAAGCGGCGGCGUCAACAAGGAUAAAGCACAAGUGGAGCGAGAAAUUCUUGGCCUUAUAGCCGAAGCGAAGAACCAGGCAGUGGGUAAAAAGGGGCUCGUCAGCAACCCCACUCUGGCCAAAAUACAGGCUAGGUACAGAAAUAACUCCAGACCGUACAGGCGGCUUCCCAAGGGACUGUAA